CCCACGUCCUUUCUCUCAUUGGCGCCGGCGAGAUCGAUGGCUACUUUGCCCGGCCAUUCAUGGUCUCGCCCUUCAUGCCCAACGGCACGCUUCUCCAGUACGUAUCCUCCCCAAGAAGGAGCUGCUCCAUCGACGAGAAGCUCCAGCUCCUUUACCAAGUUUCCUCCGGAAUGACCUACCUCCACGAAGAGAAGCUUCUUCACGGCGACCUCAAGGCGCAGAGUGUGCUCCUCGACGAAUCGUUCCGGGCCGUGAUCACUGAUUUUGGGUUUGCCGAGGCCAACAGCGCUCCGGAGUUGCGUGCACCCCGCACAGUGGACCACAUGGCGCCCGAGAUGCUGGACGACCGUCGACCAUGCAGGCCCACUGCAAAGACCGAUAUUUAUGCGUUCGCCAUCACCAUGUACGAGGUCCUGUGCAGCGGAGGACCGAUCUGGGUUGGCCGGGACGGCCAGGUGAUCGAUGAGUCGCAAAUCGCACUGUACUGUCGCAGGGGCCAGCGACCCAAGCGACUUGACGACGUUCCCGACGACAUCUGGAUGCUUAUGGAAGAGUGCUGGCGCGACAAUCCCAGCGAACGCCUCUUUUUCGUCGAGAUCCUCGUUCGCCUGGAGGACUACCGGCAGUAAAAAGGAGCGCUCUGAUGGCGGAUUCGAUCAGGUCGAGUCGAGUCGAGUCGAGAUGAUCUGGGCUGGAUGGAAUUGCCGUAGCUUGCCUGUUUGCGGCGAGCUUGGGAUCUGUGUGCACAAUAGAGCAGGACACACCCGUGGGCCUUUUUGAACAUUUGCAGAA